AUGCAUCCCGCAACCGCCGCGACGACAUCCUCGUUCCCAGAGGCAUGGACUUCCCUUAAGGCGAACCUAGUGCACGUGGCGCCGGUAUCGUUGAUGCGGGUCGGGCGGCAGUCAUAUCUGCCGCGGCCAGAACCGGCGUCCUCUUCCUCCCUAUCCAGCUUCCUCCCAUGGCUGAGAAGAGGGCUUCGUCAAGGAUCCCAUGACGGAGGUCAACGUGGGAGGCUGCUUCCUCCGAUCCCAGAUCGACCAUCCGUCCAUGGAGGCCAUGAGAGCCACGUGGGCACACACAUGGCUACGCUUCAAGCUGCAGCUCGAUAG